GGAGGUUCGCGCUUUGCACUAAACGCACCGAAAAGGCUCUCUUAGAACCAUUUUCACUAGAUAGGUCUUUGGAGAACCAUACAACUGAGGAUUGUAUUGAACCAAUGGCACUGGGCUCCCCCACCUCCCCGAAGCCUGGCCCUGGGGCUCAGUUCCUGCCUGGGUUUCUGAUGGGGGACCUGCCAGCCCCCACCACCCCCCAGCCCAGGACCAUCAGCCUGACCGGAGGAGGUGCUGAGAUGAGAUCUCCUCUUUUGGCAGGUGGUUCUCCUCCUCAGCCUGUGGUUCCCACACCCAAGGACAAGAGCGGCGCUCCUCCAGUCAGGAGCAUCUAUGAUGACCUGUCCAGUCCAGUGGUCGGAAUGUCUCCUCUGGCAUCACGAAAACAGCCUUUUUCAGUGCUGCAGACUCCGCUGGCUGGUGUGACAGGAACCCCAGGCACAGCUGCCACUCUGUUCAGCCCUGCGGGUUUGGGUCAGCAGAGGAAGAGCACCCUCUCACCUGCACAGGUAGAUCCUUUCUUCACUCAGGGAGACGCUCUGUCCUCAGAAGAUCAGCUUGACGAGACCUGGGUCACAGUGUUUGGGUUCCCUCCAGCAUCAGCCUCCUACAUCCUCCUGCAGUUUGCACAGUACGGAAACAUUCUCAAGCAUGUAAUGUCUAACGCAGGAAACUGGAUGCACAUUCAGUAUCAGUCUAAACUGCAGGCGAGGAAGGCCCUCAGUAAAGAUGGGAAAAUCUUUGGAGAGGCUAUUAUGAUUGGUGUUAAACCUUGUAUUGAUAAGAGUGUCAUGGAGGGCUCAGAGAAAUGCAGCAGCAGCAGUGGGGUCUUCACUCCUCCGGUCAGGGCUAACAACACCCCUGUUCAGUCUGUGUCCACUCCUCGGUCAGCCAUGAGGCCACUCAGUGCUGCUUACAAAGCUUCCAGCAGCGAAUACCAGGUGGUGUCAGACAGAGAUACUCCAAGAAAAGAUGACAGUUUUGUGUCCAAAGCGAUGGAGUACAUGUUCGGCUGGUGAUGUCCUGCUGUGAACAGUCUCUGAAGCCCACAUGCUGCUGUGAACCAGACGUUAACCAGGUAUUCCUGAGCACUUUAAUGAUGGAGCCUGCUGAAAUGAGUGGAUUGGGCUGCGCACUACAGUAGACUUUCAUAUGGACUGCAUUUCUCUGGAGUGUAUCGUUUGAAUUGAUCUUGUCAGAACGGUCUCAAUACCAAAACUCUACAGUGGAAUAUUCAUAUCAAUGACUAGAAAGUUGUGUGGGAGUGUGGCAGAUCUGUGAGUUUGAGAAUCGUUUUCCUUCAAGAAAAUGAAUAUUUAACAACAAUUGUGUGGGUUUAACUGUGCUGGUGGUCAAUGAGUGGAAAUCUCUGCCUUCCUAAUAUUACAGCCUUAUAGGAAUAUUCCAGCUUUUUUUCACCUGAUCUCUGUCUGCUGUACUCAUCAGUCGAUCAGCACAGACAGUUUCUACAGGUUUUCUACAGAACAGAACCUGUUUACUCAAUCACUAGUAAUAUAAGCCAGUGAAAAGUUCUGUGAACGUUCAAACAAAGUUUUAUCGAAAUUCACAACAAUAGAGCAACAGUGGUGGUGGUGGUGGGGGGCAGUUAUUCUGGCGACUUUAACUUUCCCUAAGGUUUUCUGGGAUCAGUGGCAAUCAGGUAGAGCCUUUGAACUCACACCGCUUCACUGCUAAUCAAAAGUUCUUCCCUCUGGAAAAGUAGUCCCAUCCCUUAAACGAAUAAAAUAAACAGAUUUACAGCUUAAUUUACAAACGCAUUUAACUGAAGAGCUGAAGUAAUAGUAAAAUGUAACUCUGCAGCGGCCCAUUGUCUUUCAAAUCAGCAGAUUUUAAAACAGUGAAGUUUAAAAACGCUGGAUUUUUCCUUUAAACUCAGCCGUCGUUCGAGGUGCUUAAGGUCUCUAAUAGAAAUAUAUUAGAGCAUUCUGCUUUGCACUUGGCUGUUUGAUACUGAUGGUUUUAAUAAGACAAUAAGCCAACUUUUUAAAAACGUCUGCUCAAAAAUGCAUCUGCAUUCUGAAACACUUUAUUUUAAAGUAAUCGUCCUGUUUGGUGAAACUGGUCAAACCUCUAGUGGCCUCCUUCAUUUCUUUCUCCUUUUCACAUUUUGUAUCUGCUCUCUUCUGUAUUUCUUAUGAAAUUGUGUAAAUAAAUAUUUCUUUGUCUAACAA